UGAAUGAUCCUGCAGCAAAAGCCUGCGAGGGCCCGUCGACCGCCGCCGCCAUUCCACGCUCGCCGCCGGCGGCUGGGGCUCCGCCCUAGCGAGCGUGGCAUCGGCAACGCAACUCCCCCUCGAGCCGCCCCGCCGCCAUCGCCGGCUGGCUCUGCCGGGUGCGCGCGCUUCCGGUCCACGCGCCGGUUGGGGAUUGCCCCGUCGUGCUCUAGCUUAACCGCGAUCCUGGCGCAGGGAAGGGUUGUGGGGCUAGGAGGUUGCAAGGUCGUCUUCUUCCCCCUCUUGGCGGCGGCGGCCGGUGAUUCGAGGGGAAGGCAGAAUGCUGGGGUUCUCCACCGGCCAGUUGGUGGUCAUCCUCGGGGCUUGCUCCCUCAUGAUGAAGCGCAGCGACAUGAUCAAGAUCGCAAGGGUGGCGGGGAGGAUGACCGGGAGGGCGGUCGGGCGCCUCAUGUUGUUCCGCAGGCAGAUGGAUGAGAUCCUGGAGCAGACUGCAGCAAAGCAGGUUAACAAGGAGCUUAAAGAUGCUAUGACACAGCUAGAUUCAAUUCGUUAUGAAGUCCAGAACUUAUCUAGGUUUACUCCUGGACAGUUCAUGAGGCAGCAUAACCCUGUAGGCGUGGAUCAUGAAGCAGAAAAAAAUGAUGCCGUUGAUGGCUCUGCGCUUAAUCUAGAAGAACUUCGUCAUCAAAUCCGCAGUAUGGUUCAUGAUGAAAUUGAAAGCUUUUAUAAAACAAAUCCAGAUAAGUUUUCCGGGAGGUUGGAUAAUGCUGACACCGUUAAUAGAUCUGGCCCAGUUGAAGGUAAAGAAGCUGAUGUAGCUGUUAUCCCCACAAUGUUGGCAUCAAAGGACAUGAAAUUGGCAAACACAGGCUCUACAGAUCUACACAGCAAAGCAACAAUGUAUUCAAGAUUAACUGAAUCCCCAGAAAUGAGUGGCAGUUCUGGACAUCAAUUCAAAGAGAGUGAUGGGUUAUUAAAUAUACUACCAAUAUCAGCUGAAAGUGCUGGAUUACUUCCAAGCCGCUCAGGGAGGUAGAGUGGCAGACAGCAUUGCCAUUUGCCCACUGUGGGUCUUAAUUGUGAACAAUUCUUUUUCUUCCUAAUGCAAAUGCGCUAUGAGCCACCUAAGGGCUUGUUCUGUUGAUCCCCAUGAGGAAGGGAUUGGAGAUAGAGGAGGAUUGAUUCCACACCUAUUCCCCUCCAAAUCCCCUUCAAUACCCUUGGGGGGAUUAACUGAACAAGGCUUGAGGGAGGGAUUAGCUGAACAAGGCCUAAAUGAGCUGCUAGAAUUUAACUUGUGUGAAAUGUUCAAACGGACAAAGAAACACCACACAUAUACAUAGCAUUCCGAGUUAUGACCACAAACUGUGUUGUUCAUCCCCCAGAAUUAGAACUCAUUUCUUAUAUAUAAUUCAAGCAGUUGGCAUUAUUGUAUUAGUAAUGAGAGAGAUACCUAUGACAACAUGAAGUUCCAUGUUUACAUAUGGGGAAGCUUUUGUCCUUUUUUGCUAAAGAUGUGAUGUUCUCUGUUCACAAGAAAUGCAUGAUUAAAUUCUAUUUUCAUGGA